GGGAAAUCUGUUCAAAGGUAAGAGGAGCUGCUCUCUCGCUUAUUAUCAUGACAUCUCUUUCUACAAACUGAAAUUUGUAUAACACCGCGCUCAGUGUAAACUUAUUGCACCUAACCCAACAAAUUAUUUGUACUAUUACCCGCUAUUAUGUCCGGAUCUGCCUCGCAAAGUCUCUCUCAGAUAGCUGCUACGGUGAAGAAGGACGGUGCCAUAAACGGUAUUCCGUGGGAUCCGAAGGCUACGAGCUUCCCAUCCAGAAGUGACCUCCCAAAGAUUGAGAAUGCGCCAGAUGGAGCAGCAUGGGUUUGGGGCAGUGACGAUCAGCUGGGCCGGCUCAACCUCCUCUCCCCCGCCAGAGUCGCAGCUGCCGGGAAGCUUAUCACUGACGGCGACAUCGUCAGCCUCAACCUCCCUCUCAACGUUCCCGCCAUUCCCGCCUUCAACCGUGAGCCCUUCCAGCAUACAAUCAAGCCUCUAUUCCCUGGCUUCGUCUACGAUGACACCUACUCGCUGAACACGCAGAGUGGCACGCAGUGGGAUGGCUUCCGACACAUAUCCUACGUCAAGACGGGCCAGUUCUAUAACGGCGCCACGGGAGCACAUAUCGAUGGUGCGGAGGCGAAUAAUCACCGCUGCUCAAUCCACCACUGGUCUGACCAUGGAAUUGGUGGAAGAGGGGUGCUGCUUGAUUACUGGACAUACGCACAGGAGAAUGGGAUUAAAUACGACCCAUACGAAUACCACGCCAUCCCCCUCUCCUCGCUCGUCGCGUGCGGCAAAGCACAAGGCAUCGACAUUCGCCCCGCCGCACAGGGCGGCGACAUCCAAAUCGGCGACAUCCUGCUCAUCCGCUCCGGUUUCGUGUCAACCUACAACUCGCUAGGUCCCUCUGAGCGGGCCGCCGCGGCGCUUCGCCCACACAGCCACGGCCCCGAGGACGGGAUGCGGUGGGCCGGGGUCAGCUCCGAGGAUGAGAUGUUGGAUUGGCUGCACGAUUCGUACUUUGCAGCUAUAGCGGGGGAUGCGCCGAGUUUUGAGGCGUGGCCGAGUCAGAGGGCGGAUGGGGGGAUGCUGCAUGAGUAUGUUCUUGCGCUGUGGGGGAUGCCGCUGGGAGAGCUGUUUGAUUUGGAGAAGUUGGCGGAGGUGUGUCGGCGGAAGGGGAGGUGGACUUUCUUCUUUAGUAGUGCGCCGGCGAAUGUGCCGGGGGGUGUGGGGAGUCAUGCGAAUGCGCAGGCGUUUUUCUGAGAGGUGCGUUGGUGGUGUGCUGAUGGGACUGUGGGGUUGAUCCGUUAUCAUAUUUCAAUGAAUCCCCAAUUCGAGUAGUGUUGCCGGAUAAAUAUAACGUUGGAUAUACGAGAUUAGCAACAGAUAUUGGAAGACGAGAGAUACGUGAUCCGACCUGCAAAUGUUCGGGGAACCCAUGCCCUUUUGUCAGGCACGUAUGACCUUAUCCGUAGCACCGUACCACCUCGUGGAACGACCAAAUUGAAGCUAAGUCCAAUCAUAUUCGCGACAUCAUAGUAUAUCCCUUGCUGAAGGUUCUACGACAUGUUUUCUGUAGAUACAGUAAUCA